AUGAACAGCUGGACGACGUGCGAAAUCUUUCCUAGCAGUCUUCUCUCUCUUUUGCCUAACAGACCACUUCCCUCACUCUCUCUUGGCUGCCUGAUUCUCUCUCUUGCCUUUCUGUCACCCCUUUUUCUUUUAUAUUGCUUCCUCUCUCUUGCUUCUCUUCACUCUCUCUUCCUCACCCACCCCCUCUUUCUCCCUGGCAGUCCCUCUCUCUUUUUUCUUCUUGCCUCCCCCCUCUCUCUCUCUUACAUGCUUGGUCCCUUUCUUUUGCCUGCCUCUCUCUCUCUCAGCUGUUUGUCGCUCUAUUUCUUCACUGCCACCUCUUUUUCAAAUGCAAGUUCUUCUAUCUCUCCUACCCACCCACUUGCCUUCUUGCUUUCCUCUCACACACACACACACUCUCUCUCUCUUGCUCGGUUGUCUAUUCUCUCUCUCUCUCUCUCUUUCUCUCAUUCUAUUCCUUACUCUCAAAAUGCCUCUUGCUCAAAUAUACUAAACUGUCCAUUAUCUAUCUAUCUAUCUAUCUAUCUAUCUAUCUAUCUAUCUAUCUAUCUAUCUAUCUAUCUAUCUAUCUAUCUAAUCCCGUCCAUUAUCUAUCUAUCUAUCUAUCUAUCUAUCUAUCUAUCUAUCUAUCUAUCUAUCUAUCUAUCCCGUCCAUUAUCUAUCUAUCUAUCUAUCUAUCUAUCUAUCUAUCUAUCUAUCUAUCUAUCUAUCUCAAACUGCUUUCCUCUUUUUGUACUUAAACUUUAUGAAUGCAUCUAUCUAUCUAUCUAUCUAUCUAUCUAUCUAUCUAUCUAUCUAAUUAUGUUCACUAUCUAUCUAUCUAUCUAUCUAUCUGUCUACCUAUCUAUCUAUCUAUCUAUCUAUCUAUCUAUCUAUCUAUCUAUCUAUCUAUCUAAUUAUGUUCACUAUCUAUCUAUCUAUCUAUCUAUCUAUCUAUCUAUCUAUCUAUCUAUCUAUCUAUCUAUCUAUCUAUCUAAUUAUAUUCAUUAUCUAUCUAUCUAUCUAUCUAUGUUCAUUAUCUAUGUUCAUUAUCUAUCUAUCUAUCUAUCUAUCUAUCUAUCUAUCUAUCUAAUUAUGUUUAUUAUCUAUCUAUCUAUCUAUCUAUCUAUCUAA